CAGAAACCCCGUUUCUCCUAAAGGAAGAGGCAGAGCUUGCGACGUAACGUUGCGCAGCCGCCAUCUUCUAACUCCCUGGUAUAAAGAAACCCAUCUGAUAGUCAUCGGCCUUUAAAAUUUCCCUUUAUUUGGAUUUUAAAUAUCACGGCGGAUCAGCAUCGUGCACUCAGAUUUAAUCUCGCAUGAUGUCUGAAGACAACAAGACCACAGAUCACGUGAACGGGAACGGCACAGAGGAGUCCAUGGACUCGAAAUCAGCAAUGGCCCGAUCAGAACACUUCCAGACUCUGUUAGAUGACGGUCUGUCCCAGAAAGUAGCCGAAAAACUAGACGAGCUGUUUGUAGCCGGUCUGGUAGCACACAGCGACCUGGAUGAACGAGCUCUUGAAGCUCUGAAAGAGUUUAAUGAAGAUGGAGCUCUGCAGGUUCUGGUCCAGUUCAAAGAGAGCGAUCUGUCUCACGUCCAGAACAAAAGUGCCUUCCUCUGCGGGGUGAUGAAGACCUACAGGCAGAGAGAGAAGCAGGGCAGCAAAGUCACGGCUUCCACUAAAGGGCCCGACGAGACCAAAAUCAAAGAGCUCCUGGACAGAACCAAAUACACGCUGGACGUAACGACGGGACAGAGGAAGUACGGAGGACCCCCGCCGGAGUCGGUGUUCUCUGGCACCCAGCCGACCGUCGGAACUGAGAUAUUCGUUGGAAAGAUUCCCCGCGACUUGUUCGAAGACGAGCUGGUUCCUCUGUUUGAGAAAGCCGGGCCGAUCUGGGACCUCCGGCUAAUGAUGGACCCCCUGAGCAGCCUGAACAGGGGCUAUGCCUUCGUCACGUUCUGCACUAAAGAAGCAGCCCAGGAGGCCGUGAAGCUGUACAAUAACUACAAGAUCCGGCCGGGGAAACAUAUCGGCGUGUGCAUAUCUGUGGCUAACAACCGCCUCUUCGUUGGCUCCAUCCCAAAGAACAAAACCAAGGAUCAGAUUGUGGAAGAGUUCGCUAAAGUGACAGAAGGCCUGAGUGAUGUCAUCCUCUACCUCCAACCUGACGACAAGAAGAAGAACAGAGGCUUCUGCUUCCUGGAGUACGAAGACCACAAAACGGCCGCUCAGGCGCGCCGCCGGCUGAUGAGCGGGAAGGUGAAGGUGUGGAACAGCCUGGUGACGGUGGAGUGGGCCGACCCCAUCGAGGACCCUGACCCGGAGAUCAUGGCCAAGGUGAAGGUCCUGUUUGUCAGGAACCUGGCUAACGGCGUCACCGAGGAGAUUCUGGAGAAGGCCUUCAGUCAGUUUGGAAAACUGGAGCGAGUGAAGAAGCUUAAAGACUACGCCUUCGUUCACUUCGAGGAGCGGAACGACGCGGUGAAGGCGCUGGAGGAGAUGAACGGGGAGGAGCUGGAGGGAGAGCCCGUCGAAAUCGUGUUCGCCAAACCGCCGGAUCAGAAGAGGAAGGAGCGCAAAGCCCAGAGACAGGCAGCCAAAACACUAAUGUAUGAUGAUUACUACUACUACUCUCCCGCUCCCCCCAUGCCUCCCCCGACCAGAAGCCGGGGCAGAGGUUCCAGCCGGGGGGGCUACUCCUACCCCCCUGACUACUACAGCUACGACGAUUAUUACGAUUACUACGGCUACGACUACCACAACUACCGCGGCGGCUACGACGACCCGUACUACGGGUACGAGGACUACCCGGCCCCCAGCCGGGGGCGGGGCGGCGGCAGAAGCUACGGGGGCGGAGCCUCGCCGUCCAGAGGACCCAGAGGCAGGGCCGGCUACCCCCAGCGCGGCGGGUCCGGAUCGAGCCGUGGCGGCGGACGCGGACCGAGGGGCGGACAGCCGCGAGGACGAGGAGGGGUACGUGGUGCGCGGGGCGGCCGCGGUGGAAAUGUAGGAGGAAAGCGCAAAGCUGACGGGUACAACCAGCCAGAUUCCAAACGGCGCCAGACCAAUAAUCAGAACUGGGGCUCGCAACCCAUUGCUCAGCAACCGCUCCACGGUGCGGACCACUCUGGUAACUAUUCCGGUUACAAAUCUGACGAGGAAUUUUAUCAGGAUUCUUUUGGGCAGCAGUGGAAGUAAACCUGUAGAGCUUUGAUACAAAACACGUCUUUUUUGUUGUUGUUUGGAUUUAAAGACUUGAUCUGAUUGGCUCUUCAUCCUCAGUACAGUCGCUUGCAUUUUUUUCACAUUUUUACUCCAAAUUGGUGACAUGUGGCAAGAUGUUUUGUAUAUAUUUUAACAAUUUGUUGGACUCAGAGGUAGUCACACUCCCUCUUGUUUCUGGCCAACUGCUUCUCCUUUCCCCUCCGUUUUGUUUUUUUUUUUUAUUAAGAUUGUUGCAAAAGAUUUUCCACAGCAAACUUUAAAAAAUCUUUUAGAUGGAGAUAUUUAGCUUUUAAGCUUUAUUGUGUUUUUAGUCAUUCUCUGGUUUCCAUGUUCAAAUAGCUAACAGCAACAAAGCAUAUGUCUCCUAAACAUGUAUUUAAAUUACAAUUUGUAUUGUCAAAGUAAUGCGUGUCUUGUUAUUGGAAAAGAAAAAAAGAAAAGAAAAAAAAAACAAGGACCAGGGCAGUCCUACUUUUUUGGCUUCACAUUUUGGCUUGUAUUCUUUGCUGUUUGUCUGCUUUAAUAAACAUACACGACGCACACGUGUACAAAAACCUCAAA